UCGCUUCACCUCAGCUCACCUCCCGGGGCUAUCCCGCCCCUCAGCGAGCCGGGGGAGGGGGUAGGCGGGAGAGAAGCAAGGCGGGAAGGCGGUGACAGGGCCGCUGGCACCGCGCCCCCGUCCCCGUCCCCCCCGUCCCCCCCCCCGCCCCCUGCCCUGAGGUGAGGGGAAGGCGGGAGCGGGACGCGCGAGCCGCCCGCCUGAGGGGGCGCGCGCGAGCGGCGGCGGCGGCCCCGGCGGUCGGCGGCGUGAGGGGACGGCGGGGAGGGCGUUGCUGCUGCUGCUGCAGGGCCGCCCCCACCCGCCGGAGAAGCGAGGCGGGGAGAGGAGGAAGGAAGAAGCAGCCGCUGCUGCUGGAGGUGGUGGUGGCGGCGGUGGUGGUGCUGCUGCAGCCGCGGGCAGAGCCUCCCCCUCCCGCCGGGCCGGGCGGGGCGGGCUCCGGAGCCGAGAUGUCUCAGGAGCGGCCCAAGUUCUACAGGCAGGAGCUGAACAAGACGGUGUGGGAGGUGCCCGAGCGGUACCAGAACCUCUCCCCGGUCGGCUCCGGGGCCUAUGGCUCCGUCUGUUCUGCCUUUGACACAAAAACUUCAUUGCGUGUGGCUGUAAAGAAGCUGUCCCGACCAUUUCAGUCUAUCAUCCAUGCCAAAAGGACCUACCGAGAGCUACGGCUACUUAAGCACAUGAAACACGAAAAUGUGAUUGGCUUGUUGGAUGUGUUCACCCCUGCCAAGUCCCUAGAAGAAUUCAAUGAUGUGUACCUGGUGACACACCUUAUGGGAGCAGAUCUGAACAACAUUGUGAAAUGCCAGAAACUCACUGAUGACCAUGUGCAGUUCCUCAUAUACCAAAUUCUUCGGGGACUGAAGUACAUCCAUUCAGCUGACAUAAUACACAGGGAUUUAAAACCUAGUAACCUAGCUGUAAAUGAAGACUGCGAGCUAAAGAUCCUGGAUUUUGGCUUGGCCCGACACACAGAUGAUGAGAUGACGGGGUAUGUGGCUACCCGGUGGUACAGGGCUCCAGAGAUCAUGCUGAACUGGAUGCAUUACAACCAGACAGUUGAUAUUUGGUCAGUGGGAUGCAUUAUGGCUGAACUGUUGACUGGAAGAACGUUGUUUCCCGGUACAGACCAUAUUAACCAGCUUCAGCAGAUCAUGCGUCUGACGGGAACACCCCCUGCAUAUCUCAUUAACAGGAUGCCCAGCCAUGAGGCAAGGAACUACAUUCAGUCUCUGUCUUACAUGCCGAAAAUGAACUUUGAAAAUGUGUUUAUUGGUGCCAAUCCACUAGCUGUGGACUUGCUAGAGAAGAUGUUGGUACUGGAUACAGACAAACGUAUUACUGCAGCAGAAGCGCUGGCUCACGCCUACUUUGCUCAGUAUCACGACCCGGACGAUGAACCAGUGGCAGACCCCUAUGACCAGUCUUUUGAAAGCAGAGAACUUGAGAUUGAAGAAUGGAAAAGCCUGACUUAUGAUGAAGUAAUCAGCUUUGUGCCACCACCGCUUGACCAAGAGGAGAUGGAAUCCUGAGAAACUGCCCUCUUCUGUUUGUCCCACUUCACUGUGAGGGGAAGGCCUUUUUCAUAGGGACUCUCCAGUUAUCGUUCAAGUGCCUCGUCACAACAAUAUUCUCCUUGGUGGAGGGGUUUUGUGUGUGUUGAAUUGGGGAGGGUGGGGGGAGGGAAGAAAGCUGAGUCUAUGUAAACAUGCUGCAUGCUCUCUUGUAUUCUGUGUACAGCCUGGGGCGAGCCUCUGACCUGUGCUGACUGCUCUUCAGUCCUUCCAGAGUAACAGUGCUCAGCCAGUUUGUGCUGCUGGGGCAAGGUGGGGAAGUUGACCUUUAAAGUUUGGUUACAAUCGUUGCCAUUUAUCAAUUCUUCUACAACUGAGUAACCUCAAAAUAAUGCAAAUUGUUUUAUAGGCUUAGAGAGUCCUCUGUUUUCUUCAGGACUAAAGGUGGGGUUGAGGGAUGUCCUUGUUCAGUGCCAGAUGGCUGAUUUACCUCCAGAUCUUCCUGGUACAGCAGAAUGUACAGGCCUUCUAAUGUCUGAUUCUUGGAACAUGAAAAGGUUUUGUUUGAAACUGUAAAUAUGUUCGUGCCUUAAAUGAAUGGGGAGAGAGGGGAAAGGAAGUCUGGAGUGGAAAUUCUGACCCACUGUUUUUCUGGGUGAAGGCUCCCAGAUAGCCAGGCGUGAACUCUGUGUAAUAGGGAAGUAACUUUCUGAGGCAGCAGCCUCUAUCCCUGGAUUGAGUAUUCCUGUAUCUUUCCCUCUUCCCCUCCUCUCGUUCUGAGGCUUCCCAGCACUAGUCUGCAGAAGACAGAGGCUGGAGGAGGUUCUUGCUAGCCACACAUUGUGUAUUUUGUUCCUUAAAAGGUGGGGUGGUUUUGCAUGUCAUAGCUGUAUGUGCAUGUAGAGCUGCUUGAUUUUUGUCAUUACUUUUUGGGGAUGGCACUGGGGCAGUUCAGUUGUCAGUGAACUAUUUUACUGAGUACCUCAGCCAGUGCCGUGAAGUCACAGCAUCCUUCCUCUUGUGCUGCAGCUCGUUGUGAAAUAACUGCCAUGCUGGAGGCUUUGAUGAGGAAAGGAUCAAAUAUACGGCAUAGAAACAUGCACCUUUUUCUUUGUUCUGACCUUCUGGUUUCAAGGGAGGAGAGCGUGGGAUGGAGGGUUUCUUGUGAGAUCAAAUGUUUAAAAAAAAAAAAAAAAAUAGUUCUUGAAAGAAACAACCAUGGCAUCUUGUGCCAGAACUUAAGUUAUUUCCUGAAAAUAAUCUUUUUAGAAGUAUUGGAAUCCAAAGCAAAGAAAUAAGCAUGCAUAAAACCACAAUCUCCCUUUCACUGUCUGUAUCUAUAAAUAUAAAUAUUUAUAUAUAUGAAACUAACAUUUACUAGAGGAUUUUUUUACCCUCUCAGAUAAGAGCUUCUUGGCUGUUUUUUUAGCAGGUUGAUCUCUGCCUGAGGAGAUGUGAAAAGGGAGUAUGUUUGAAUACAAACAUGGUUCAGAUGUUUUGUAUUUUCUAGGACUCUGCAUGAGUGAAAUGCCCAGAGUUAGAGACUGGCAGGAGGGAGGUUUCGCAGCAUGUUUGUGUGCUAGAAACGCACCCGGGGAGCUCAGGAGCCCAUCUUAGGACUUGUGGAGGACACUUUUUUUUUUUUUUAGAUGCUUAUUUGUUGCAGGCAUCCUGUGUGGGCAGCGUACCUGUGUAUGUGAGGAGAAAGGCUUUUGCAGUAUUUUGUGUUCUUGUUACCUAUGGGAUGGGGAGGAACUGUUCAUAGUGUUUCUACCCCGUGGUUUGAAGAGGCGGCACGAAGGGAUGGGACACGGAUGACAAAGCCAUUGAUUCUUCCUAGGCUACUUUCCAGUGAUCUGUUCAGGUAAAACACUUAAUAAAGGUCAGGGGUGAGAUGAAGAGAGCAGUUCUUUUGUGCUCUGGGAUAAAACUCUCCUCGGCCCGAAAAAGUCAAGACAGAAAACCUCCCUUUUCUGCUGGACCAGCAGUCCAGGUAUUCAAAUGAAAAUGUAGAUAUACUAUGUAAACCUACAGCAAGAUUAUUUUUAUCAGCCGUUUUAUGUGUAGAUGCUACAGUGUGAUUUCAUGCGGAAAUAUUGCUAAAGAUUUUUAAAAAUAUAGAUGUUGUGUGUGCGUGUGUGUGUGUCUGUGCGUGAGUGGGAAUGUUUCAUUCGGAGUCCGUGCUCUUAACGGGAGCCCAGGUGGCAUGCACUCCCUACCUUCAGUGCAAUGCUGUUCAGCUGCCCGCAGACUGGGCAGGAGGACGCGCUUCAAAGAAAAGAGAUCUGCUAUUUUGUUUCUAUCCAUGAAUUUUGCUGUAAUUGGUUAUGCCAGAUAAGAUGUCACAAUACCACUGGUUAAAAAUAAAACCUAUUUUUCAGAUUUA